GCGCAGCCAGUUGAGACACUAGCGCCAGCCGCCCAACCCGUUCCGCCCUACUCCAUAAAUACUCUGAAUUACGAAUUGUAUCUAUUACAUUGAGAUUUUUGGGUACCACAUUAUAAAAAGUGCAAUAAAUAGUGUUUACAAAGUACAAUAGUAAAUCAAUAUUGAUGUUACUUGAUUAAAAGUGAUAAAGUGAUUGGAUAAAGUCCAAGUGUAUUGUGAUCUUCAUAUAUGGAAGGGCAUCCGCCCUAUUUAUCUGGCUUGUAUGGAUAAUGUGAGUCUAACCAUAACGUGAGGAUGAAUACGGGAGGAAGGAGAGCUAUGACCGGCUCUAUACAUAAAAUUAGAGAAUUUGAGUUAGAAAAAGUAAAUUUAGUUGAAGAAUUUGAUAUUCUUCAAAUAGUUGGUGAAGGAUGGUUUGGAAAAAUUCUCUUAGUGGAACAUAGAGCCUCAGAUACCGAAAUAGUCCUCAAAGCAUUGCCGAAACCAUAUGUUUCGAUAAGAGAUUUUUAUAGAGAAUUUCACUAUGGACUGCAUUUGAGUGCACAUAAGAACAUCGUUACCACAUUUGAUGUUGCUUUUGAGACAGCUGGGUUCUAUGUUUUCUGUCAGGAAUAUGCACCCUUGGAGAAUUUCAAUAUUAGUCAUGGGCGAUUACAUCAGCGGAUGUUCUUUAUUACAGGUGAUUUAACAUCAAACAUGUUUGACACUGGCAUCGGGGAAAUUCACACUAAAAGAGUUGCUAAGCAACUUGCUGCAGCUUUAGAACACCUUCAUCAAAGAGAGCUUGUGCACAGAGAUGUUAAACUUGACAACGUACUUAUAUUCAAAUCAGAUUUUUCAAGGAUUAAACUUUGUGAUUUUGGAGAAACUAGAAAAGUACAAUCGUCAGUACAAAGAAGAAAUGAGUGGCUACCAUAUUCACCACCAGAAGUCUUAAAGCUAUCAAUGGACAGCACUUACAAAGCCUUGAUUACCCACGAUAUUUGGCAGUUUGGUAUAGUUAUUUUUAUUUGCCUUACUGGGUGUUUACCUUGGCAAAAAGCUGCUUUUGACGAUCCUCGAUACACAAGCUACUACGGCUGGUAUAAUAGUGCUAACCCUUUGAAAAAACAACCAAAGCUUUGGAAAAUGGUAUCUUCGAGAGCACAAAAAAUGUUCAAAAAGUUUGUUGAACCAAGAUACGACAGGAGAGCUACAAAUUUCUCUGAGUUGUCUCGUUAUAUGGACGAUCGAUGGUUAGCGAAAGGUUACACUGAUCGGGUUGCGGGUGGUGACAUUGACGAAUUGUGUCCAUCGAUGUAUAGUUUUCACAGUGAUCCUAACGAGAAGAAUAUACUCUUAAAACACUUCCGCGAUAAUGGAAUUGAAACUACAGUAGACCGUCAAGCCAAAAAGCAAAGAAUUCGUGAUUGGAUUCAAAACAGUGUUAUUGAGGAAGUUGAUGAAGAGGAGGAAAGCGUAUAUGAUGCGAGUGUUUAUGAAGAUAGUGAUGUGGAAUUAGAAGACAGAUCGCGACCCUAUCCAAUUGAUGAAAAACACUCUAAACCACGUCUCCGCUAUGAUACUGAAAAACACAUAAACCCAAGAACCGGAGAAGUCGUAGAAGGAGCUAAGUCUCCUGCCGAGAAAAAUCCUUUAUCCUAUGAUGUACAAAAUAUUGAACCUGUUGCUCCAGCUACGGUUGUAAGAAGAUACGGCUUGAAAGAACAAGGAUCCUCGCAUAGUUCCACUAAAGACAGCGCUUACGGAUCAAUGGAUGCUAAAGUUAAUGGAACAAAAUCGGUUUCGCUCAAAAGUGAUAACAAACAAAUGUCUACAAUUCAAUCAACUAGAAACUCCCCUAGCAGAUCUUUAAGUGGAUCUUCUAUACACCAAAACAGAUCGCCAAUGUCAGUUCACGCUCAAAGAAUCCAAAAGAGUGAAGAGGUAUAUUCCAAAGAAUUAGAAAGUUCUAAAGGUAGUACUUCAACGCUUCAUACUCACUCCUCGAGAUCAAACAGUCUUCAGGUGAUACGAAAUGAAUCCCUUGACUAUUCCAGCAGUGCCAAUGAUGUUCCAUCACAGGCCGAAAAUAUCGGCAAUGCAUCUAGACCAAACAAUCCAAUAAUAACUGAAAAUGGAUUUAGCCCUGGCGUUAAACAACUACAAACUAAAUCUAAAUCUAAAUCGCCAUCACCAUACAUUUCAAUGAAAAGUGCGGCGUACUCGGCGUACGAUAAUGUGCAGCCUGUUCGUAAUACAACUAUGGUAGUCGAGCAAUUUCCACAAAACAAUACAGUACCUGAUAGUCCUUAUACGUCCAUGAUGAAUAUUGUACAAGGUCAAAUUAAAAUUAGCCCUCAUGAAAAUGAAAUUAACAGCAACGUCGUUAAUGUCUCCAUAACGCCUGUAAGCAAUAACAAGAAAAUGUGAAUAAUUGCUCAAAAUUUUGUUCGAACAUACCGUACCUAUAUACUUAUGCAUUAAUAUUCUUUUCAUACAACCAUUAUAAAUGUAACCUUAUACUGUUAGUAAACGUAAUAUAAGUAUUAAAAUAUAAUCGUUAAAAUUAGAAUUUAAUCUCUACUGGAAUCUAUUAUACCAGUACGUAUAUUACUAUUUAUUCUUGAGUGUUAAAUGUACUGAAGAAAUUCUUCGCUACUGUUUGGAAAACAGCUCAUACGUAUACCUAUCAUGCCUAUAAAGGCUGUGACAUGUUAACAUUUAAUUAUACCAUCAUGUCUCGUUUUUUAAACUUUUGUGCCUUCAUCAAUUAUUACCAUAUUGUUGUAUAUGAAUUAGGUAAUGAAAUAUGUUCCAUUAUUUUAUAUGUUUAGCUAGGAAAUGUUAAAAUUUAAAUAAAGACAAUCAUUAUGCGUAAUAUUUAUUAUUUACUGUGUUGUCUGAAUAACUGCUAAAGCGACUUAUUUUUAUAAGUUUAUAAAUAA